AAAAUUAUCUAGAUUAUGGGAAUUUGGUUUUGGAGAUUUUUGAGGGAGGGAAACAAGAAUGAGAUAGGAUGUGUAUUUCUUCAACGGAGGAGUAAUAAAGGUGAAUCGGAUAUUAUACUUAUAAAGGUUAACCUGAUGGAUUUAUCUUGCUGUCCAUGUAUUACUCUAUUUUCUGUUCUGCUAUUUUUUAGUGUCGUAAUUGCUAUUACUUUCUUUGUUCUUGUAGGCAACAGCUACCGGGAUAUUCUGCACCACAACAAGAAACCCUUCUAUCUCAAAGGUCAAGAAGAAGAUUCAAGUACCCUGGAUGCUUAUAUUAUGCAUUCUCUCAAUCAUAUUUUCAGAACCAGGGAUCUUGUAAAGAAGAACGAGGCAAAACUAGCUAAGCUUCAGGAGAAUGUGAAAGCAAAUGUCCUUAAUAAUGAAUCCUUUCUUGACCGUGGGUUUACUCGCCCUAAGGUUUUGAUCCUUCUCCCUCUAGCAAGUGUUGCAUUUCGGGUAGUCAAGCGGCUGAUUGAUUUGACACCUCCGAAAUACAAGUCUAAUGUAGAGGAGCAUGAACGUUUCUAUAGAGAAUUUGGAGCUGGAGUAAGUGAAGACAAGGAGGAUGAAGAUGCUACAGAAAUUCCUGAACUAAAAAGGACCUCAAAACCAUCUGAUUUUCAAGCAUUAUUUGGGGGAAAUAACAAUGAUCAUUUCAUGAUUGGAAUUAAGUUCACUAGGAGGAGCAUAAAAUUGUACGGUGACUUCUACUCGUCAGACAUGAUUGUUGCUUCCCCUCUUGGCCUAAUCACUAAAAUCGGGGAGGCAGAAUUAUACAAGGAUAAAAAUGUCGAUUAUCUUUCUUCUAUAGAGGUAAUCUUUGUUGGAAAAGUUAUAGUAGUUUGGAAUGUUGUG